AUGUCUGCCGAAGAUACCAAACCAAAGGCUGAGGAGUCCUCUGCUCCAUCUGGCGUUCCUACAUCGAAUGUGUUCUCCAUGUUCGGAGCCAAGAAGGAGAAGAAGGAAGAUGACAAGGAGGAGCUGAAGGAGGAAGACAAGAAGGAAGAAAAGAAGGAAAAGAAGGACGACGAUGAUGCCGCCGAUGAAGAGGAGGCCGACGUCCACUUUGAGCCAUUGGUCCACUUGGAAAAGGUUGAUGUGAAGACCAACGAGGAGGACGAGGAUGUCGUAUUCAAGGUGCGUGCUAAGUUAUUCAGAUUCCACGGUGACACCAAGGAAUGGAAAGAGAGAGGUACAGGAGAUGUCAAGUUCUUGAAGCAUAAGACCAGCGGCAAGACCAGAGUCGUCAUGAGAAGAGACAAGACAUUGAAGAUCUGUGCCAACCACUUGAUCCAGCCAGACUACGAAUUGAAGGCCAACAUUGGUUCUGACAGAUCGUGGGUGUACACUGUCGCUGCCGACGUUUCUGAGGGAGAGCCAGAGGCUCAGACCUUGGCCAUCAGAUUCGGCAACAAGGAGAACGCAGACAAGUUCAAGGAGCAUUUCGACAAGGCCAAGGAAGAGGCUAAGUAG